UUUUUAGAUUAAUUGUAAAGGAAUAAGAAGUGACACAUCUGCAGGAGGAGGAGGCUCUUUAACUGAAAUGCUCUUCUGUUAAAAGCAUCUACUUUUGUCUGGAAUCACAAAAUAGCAAGAGAAAUACCUAAGCACUGAAAAAGAAGAGUGAAUUGGUUUUAUUAGAGUUGUAAGCAGUGAGCUAAUGCUGAGGUGGCUCUGGGGAGUUUGCUGAUGUUCCACUUUAUUGGCCACACAGGAGAUGCUGGUAGAUAAUGCCUAGGACUUACAUGGAUUGGAACUGAUAAUUCUUUAGGAGCUGUGGCUCUUGAGAGUUAUACUGUCUGUGAAAUGUUAACAAGACAAUAAUACCCACAUAUAUCUGCAUGUUAAAGACAAGCAAGCUUGUCUAAAUAUGGGCUUGGGAUGCCGGGGGGAGUAGUGACUUUUUUUCUGAGAAUACAUAAUACUUAAUUUUUCUGAGAAUACGAGCUUCCGAGAGAACAUGGCAGACAGAUAACAGCAGCUAUGGAGGUUCUCUGAAAGACUCGGCUCAGAAGUCAGGAAGGGUGUGGAGUAAGGAGACAUAAGCCGGUGGAGAUAUGCUCUGCUGACUCAGGAACGAACUGGGCUGAGAGAAACCAACUUGGAAUGCAGUCCUGGUGCUAAAGCAGGAACAGAAAAGCCUCAGUGUGGAGGCUGGAGCCCGCACCAUUGGAAGCCGCGAUUUGGGUUUCCCGCCGCGUGGCAGCUGCCUCUACGUCAGCUCGGCGAGGAGAGAGACACGCGGAAGCUCUGAGAACGGGGGUCUGCGAACGGAGUCGAAAACAGGAUGGCAGGGAGGCGUGCACUGGCUUGUGGUGAGAAAUUGACAAGCUGAGCCUAAAUUCAUAUGACAGCACUACGGACCUACAAUUGCUAAGAUUUCAAGUUGUACCUAUAAAGACAAGAAUGAGGAAUACAAAAGACACUUCACACAUCUACCUGAUUCAGAGAAGCUGAUAGCAGUUACCCGAUGUUCAGCCAAGCUGUAAUUUGGGAAGGAGGGAUUUCUGACUUAUAAGAAUAUGCAGUACCAAGAAAAUCUCACACCACUUACCAGCAAGGAUGGCCCAUCGCUUCUUGGUUGGUCCCCCAAGUUGCAGCAUAGCUGGUUCUCGGGAGACACCGACUUGUUCUCUCCCUUGCGCACCCUCGGCUGGCUUGUGCUGGUUAUGCCUGUGCUCUACAGAGGGACAUUUUGGUUCAAGUGACUAUACCUUUCACAACAUUGGCUGUUUCUAUAGCAACAUCUUCAGAUGGGAAUCUACAAUUUCUAUUGCUUUAAGGAAUAUAACCUUCAUGACCAAGGAGAAGACUGCCCGACUCAUCCCAAAUGCUAUCCAGAUUGUUACAGAAAGAGAAAAGAGUCUGACCAGAGAGGAAUUCUGGCAACUGCUCCAGCAGAACUAUGCCACUGAGCUAGGUUUAAAUGCUGAAGAGAUGGCAAACUUGUCACCAUCAGUUGAAGAUAAUGUGCAGCCAAGAAGCCCAGGAAGAAGCAGUGUGGAUGACUCUGGGGAAGGAGAUGAAAAAUUAUCCAAGACCAUCAGUUCUACCCGGGAAUCAGUCAGUCGAGUUUCAGAAACAGAAUCGCUAGAUGGAAAUUCAUCAAAAGGAGGAUUAGGUAAGGAGGAGUCCCAAAGUGAGAAAGAGAUAAAAAAGAGUCCUUGGUUACCUUCAGAAAAGAGGCUGAGUAGAGGGCCAGCAAGAUCACUGGACUUGAAUAAAAAUGAGUAUCUUUCUCUGGAUAAAAGCAGCACUUCAGAUUCAGUUGAUGAAGAAAAUAUCCCUGAAAAGGAUCUUCAAGGAAGACUUUAUAUCAACCGUGUUUUUCAUAUCAGUGCUGAGAAAAUGUUUGAAUUACUCUUCACUAAUUCACGCUUUAUGCAGAGAUUUACCAGCUCUAGAAAUAUAAUAGAUGUAGUAUCUACUCCUUGGACUGUAGAAUCUGGAGGUGAUCAACUGAGAACCAUGACCUAUACUGUAGUGCUUAAUAACCCCCUUACUGGAAAAUGCACUGCGGCUACUGAAAAGCAGACACUCUAUAAAGAAAGUCGGGAAGCACAAUUUUAUUUAGUAGAUUCAGAAGUAUUGACCCAUGAUGUCCCCUACCAUGAUUACUUCUAUACCCUGAACCGAUACUGUAUCAUUCGAUCUUCAAAACAGAAAUGCAGGCUAAGAGUUUCCACAGAUGUGAAAUACAAAAAACAGCCGUGGGGCCUGAUCAGAUCUUUAAUUGAGAAGAAUUCUUGGAGUUCACUGGAGCACUAUUUCAGACAGCUUGAAUCACAGUUGUCAGUGGAAGAAUCUAUGUUAAACCAGUCCAUUGAAGAUGCUGGAAAACUCAGUGGCCUACGAAGGAGAAGGCGAACAUUCAACCGGGUAGUGGAGACAGUUCCAAAGCUUCCUUCCCAGCGUUCUUCUGAAGAAAUGAACUUAGAGAUCAAAGGCGAUACUCCAGGAAAGAAAAAGGGAAUGGAAAUGUUUAACAUUGUUCUUAUUGUGAUGUUGAGUAUUUUUUUGACGCUGCUAGUUCUGUUGAACGUGACACUGUUUCUGAAGCUCUCAAAUAUCGAAUAUGCUGCUCAGUCCUUUUACCGUAUCUACCUCCAAGAAGAGAAAUCGUUAAAUUUCGCUUCUGAUACACUCUCAAGAGCAGAAACUGGUCAAAAGGACAAAGAUCAGGCCUAUCGUUUAAAAGGAGUGCUCCGAGAUUCCAUAGUGAUGCUGGAACAGCUCAAGAGCUCACUUAUUAUGCUUCAGAAAACCUUUGAUCUACUAAAUAAAAAUAAGACUGCCAUGGUUGUUGGAAGCUAGUGAUUCAUGAACUAAAACAUCUGGAAGACAAGCAGAAGAUGAAGGAUUUUAAUUGUUCUAUGAAUAUUUUAUUUUCUUAUUGAGAUUUUUUAAUAUGAACUUUUUUUAAUAACAUAUAUUUGGUAAUUGUUCUCUGAUGGCCUUAAGACCUCUGUUUUUUCACUCUUAUGUACAUUUUUAAGCUAUGAAUUUCAUAGUGAACUGUGAAACAUUGCGGAAUUGAAAUUCUGUUACACAAAAAGAAAGCGAGACACUUGAGUAGUGUAGUUUUUUUCCUAUAGUUGAGUUUGCAGUUUGAGCCUUUAAAUUUGUGUGUUAGCACAGAGUCAGUAUGUAUCUGACAGACUGCUUUCACAGUUGUGGUUUAUGAGACUAAAGAAGAUAAUAUAAAAAGCAUGGUCAUUACCAAUUUGAAAGGACAGUUUUUAGGCAUAUCCACAUUUCUAGGUUUUUAUCCUCUAAAUGUUAGUGUUUUCAUACAUUUCAUAUGCAAAUUUAGCCAUCACAUGUUUUGAAAAUGCAUGUUAUCUAGAAAGUUCCUUAGUCACAAUGUGUCUUGAUGAAAAAGUUAAUUUUUUAUUAAAAUAUCAGAGGUGAAAUCAUCUUGCCUAUUUAUAUACAUUAUUUGGCAGAAGAGUCAAUUUAGGAAAAGGAUAUAUGUAGUAUACCAGUGCUCAAAACGAAGAAGCAUCAUGUGAUUUUUAAAAAACCAGAAGGUUAUGUUAAAAUUGAGACUUUUAGUAUAUAGAUCAAAUGAGUACUUGAACUAAGCUUGGAUUCAGUGUAGCAGUCUUUCAUGAGAGUGACCCAUCUGGUUGAAAAUAGUUUGUGUGUUAGAUUUUAGUAGCCACAUACGGUGGCUUCAUUGUUUAUGUAUGAGUGUUGCUUUUUUUAUUUAGUAAAUUGUAAGUCAGACACAGAACUUUAGCUCUUAGAGGCAUGUAUGGCCCAAUAGAGAUGCAUGGACUGAAGUGACACACAAGCUUGGGCUCUUUCAUAAAAAGUUUUUAGGCAUUUACAUCUCAGUAAAAGUGGUUCAUGAAAGUUAGGACUUUAUGAGCUGAAUUGAAAUCAGAUUUUCUUUCAGGAGUUAGGAAAACUUAAGGAAGUGUUUAUUAUUUUGUCCUUUUGAGAUCUUUCUCUGGAAUCUACAGAUCUGGUGCAUAUAUUGUUACUAUUUGAAUAACUAUUACCUGUAACUAAAUAUUUUCUUUUACCAGUCACUAAAGUUAUAUAGCUUUACUACACAAGUUAUUUUUGAGAUGCCUGUAGGCAAUGAAAGUAUUGACUUGAUUAGAGGGAAAAUGGAUCCCUGCUAACCUAGUGGUACCAUUCUAUCUACCAGUGGCUUUCUGGAUAAGAAGUUUGAGUGUCUGACUGUAAGCAAGAGUGACUGGAUUAUAAACUUGAAACUUUGUGUGAAAUCUACAAAAACGAUCACUGACAAACUGAAUUAUUUUUGUGGUUUCUUUGAAACAUGUAUUUUGUAAUGUAAUCUCCAUUACCAAAGUUUUAUAAGUUAAGAUUAAAUAUGUAUAGUGACAGCAGUUAGUAAAAUUUGAACUUGUUAUGUGUAAACUGGAUGCCAAUAAAACACAAAGUGUAAUUUUUCUGCUUAAGAUAAAAACUAAAA